AUGAAAUUAAGGACCGCCAAAAUUACAAAAAAUUGUCACUCAAUACUGUGUUUUUACGACGUUAAUUUAAUAAUCACUGAAGUUAAUGACCUUAAGAAAAAAACUGAAAAUGUUGCGACAUUAUCCAGGAAAUAUAUUGAGCACUAUAAACACUCAGCAAAUUACCUCAAUGUUUUGUAUUUCUUAGAAAGAAAAGUAGACGGAAAACUAAAUGACAUUUUUCCCUCUACUUACGAAACUGUUCCAUCAUUCUCUGUUAGAAUAAAAAGGGGAUUAAUAAACGGCUUAGGUUCAAUUUUCAAAGCAAUCACAGGAAACCUGGAUGCUUCAGAUGGUGAAAAAUUCGAGUCUCUAAUAAGCGAUUUGCAGAAUGAUCAAAACAAGUUAUCAGAAGCUAUCAAUAGUCAGAAUACCUUAUCUGUCGAACUUAUCGAUAAUUUCAAUAAAACUGUAAGUCAGAUUACUCAUAACCAAAAGCUAUUGGAAGCUAAAAUAAAUCAGCUUUCAACAGCUACGAUUAACACACAAGCCUACAUAGAAAAUGGCAUUUUCUUGAGAGAUACAAUCUCAGAGAUCAUGAAUAUCUAUCAUAUCAUAAUUUCAGUACUCCAGGAUAUAGAAAACUCACUUACUUUUGCAAAAUUGGGAAUUAUGCACCCCAGUGUAAUCAAACCAAAACAUUUACUUCAAGCACUAAAUUCAGUGGCAUUAAAACUAUCCACAAAGCAACUCCCUUUAGAAGUUACUUUGGAUAAUAUCCCGAUUUUUGAAAAGCUCAUUAAAAUCAGCUGUUAUACAGUUGAUAGAAAAAUAACUUAUAUUCUUCAAAUUCCAAUUGUUCAUACAUUCCAAUUUGAUUAUUAUCACUUAUAUUCAAUUCCAACCUUUCAUAAGGGUCUGUUCAAAGUAGUCAUCCCUUCUGGAAAAUAUCUUGUAAAGAAUGAGUUGUACUUCGCUUUUGCGGGAGACGCAUGCACGGAAACGGUCACAAAACAGUACGUUUGCAAAGAACUAGAUUUAAGAAGAAUCAAAGAAUCCAAUCCCUGUGAAGUUCAACUCCUGGUACAAAAAACUCCCACUACCUGCCGAGAAGUAGAAGCCGUAAUCACAGAGCCAGUAAUGAACAAACUGCAUGAUUUCGGACAAUGGAUCUUGCUUAUACCCAAUGAAACCACCAUUACAUUAAGCUGUCAAGAAGGCCAAGAAACAGUCAAAGUUUUGGGAUCCUACUUAGCCGAAAUUCCAGUCGGUUGUACACUGGAACUAAAUCAAGAGCCUAUAUCGAUUGGAAGUCAGCCAAUUAUUUUUCCAAAUAUAGAUAGCAAUACUUCAAUUGCUACCAAGCCGACUUCAGCCUUCAUCUAG